GACGCGAGAAAUCGUGAAUGUCAACAAAUAAAAGUUUUAUCCGUCUUCGCUGAUUCAUGUCUCAUUAGUGUAAACAAAUAAAUACUAGUUCGUAUCGUUAGUAGUCUUUAUAUUAUUCACUCACAGUUCGCACUUACUGUUCGACUAUGACGGCGUAUUGACGGUUGCAACAUGAAUAAUCAUAAUAAUUAUUUUGUUAUCGUUUUGUUAUUGUUUUCAUCUUGUUUGUGUGAAAUCAUUAAUCUUAGUAAUAAUCAGAGAGAAAAGUUUUUGACUGGCUUCGUAGAGCAUUAUAAUAGUUUGCCUAAUCAAAUUUACCAGUCCAAUGAGGGAAUUUUGCGGAGUGUUCAGCAAGUGGAUGACAUCACGUUUAUAAUAGUAGCCGAAAUUAAGGCUACUGAGAUACGUGAUGUUGAAGCGUUCAAGAAGUUAGAAUGUACUGCAACAGUACAAGAGUCUGGGGAUGAUGAUGUCACCGUUAUCAACCAUGUGUGCCAAGAGCUGGUACCAAGUACCACUCCAGAGAGCACAGAGGACUACAGGGAUACUGAGACCCAGGUGGAGGUGACAGAAGGCACUGUUACCAGUAGACAUGUCCAGCUUGAAAAUGAAGUACAGUCAGACACAGCUGUAACAUCAGGUGAACAGUUUAUAGCGAUACCUCGGGAUCAACCAAGCUCUCCUUGCGUUGGAUGCACCUCGCAUGUCAAUCCGCAGGCUCCGGGGGUCAGCGACCUCGCAGCCCUAGGAGUUAGGCAUCUCGACUUACACGAACCUUCAGUCAAUCACAGCUUGGAUACUGUUAUAGAUGUAGAAAGACAAGUUCAAGUAGUCAACGGUGUGCGGUACAUAUUAACUCUAUUGAUUAAUUCUAACAACUGUACUGAUGAACAAACCGAGAAUUGUAACUUCCCUAAAACCUGUAAGGUAACGAUUUUAGUUAAGCCCUGGAUUAAAUUACCUAACGGCCAAAACCACAGAUCUAUCUUAGCUAAUAAUUGCACAGAACCUUGGCUGUACGGUAGUGAUGGUGAGGUUUUACCUGAACCAUCUGGUGAUGAUAUACAGGUUAGGCAUCAUACAGAUGUCCAAUCCGUGCCGAAUCAAGAACGGACUCUUACUGAACAGGAAUUACUAUCUAUACAAGAACAGAUAAUUCCCAAUUCUGAAUUCAAAGAACCAACGGAACCAACUAGGAGUUUUGACGCAACAUCUAAUACUUUAGACGUAAGCAAACAACACGUUUUCAAAGUCGAAUCUAAUAAACAAACUGAAAACUCGGUACCCGUUACUGAAUCCGAAAAAAAAGAACAACAAUCUUUUAACAUAAAUCUCGAUACAGAUAAAAAGAAAGCUAUAGAUGAUAUGUUGGAUUUUUUCGACUUUUCUGGUUUUAAACCUAAAACUGAAACUGAAGAUGUUAUCUCAAGAGUAAGAAGAAGUUACGAUGACGACCUACAAGUGCUCUCGCUUGCGAAAGAUUACCAUGGGAUUAAAAACAGCAUAGAAAAUGCACGUUUCAUGUAUGAAAUGGCGCAAGUUAUGGUUGACUACUUGAAUGAAAUGGACAUGGAGGUUAAAAAUAGAGCCGUAAAAGAUGUCGUUAAAGCUGAAGAUGAGACGGAAAACCUUCAACGUUUCGUAUACAUACAAGCUCGUGUUACGAUACCAUGUGAUAAGGUUGAAUGUAGGCCUACAGAUGUCGUGACCCAAAUUUGUAACGGUGUUAUAGAUAGUACGAACGUAAAUAGUCCUCAGAUACUAAAUACGUUUUGUUACAAUGAGAACAAAGAGAGAGAUUUUAGAGAAGUCGUUAGAGAAGUACCACUUGAUGACCCUAUUCUGAAAAAUUUGGCUGAAGAAGCAUUAAAAAAAAUUGAAACCGAAUCAAAAUCAAAACAUGCCAUGAAAAUAAGCAAAAUCGUUUCAGCUAACACACAACUAACAUCAGGCACUUUGACAAAAUUUUCAGUUAUAAUUGAGAAUAUAAACUGUGAGAAAAGUGUACCACUGUUAUUACGAAUGAAUUGCACAGUUUUACAACAACCAGGCUCAAAAAUUUGCGAAGUAAUUGUUCACGAGAGACGCUGGCUUAAUGAACGAAAAAUAUCGUAUACUUGCACAGAUAGACCAGUUGAAAUGAGAAUAUCAAAAUCGACAUCAAUUACAAACAAUGUAACAGUAGAUGAUCCAAAAGUUGUUGAAAUGUUGCAAGAAGCCAUUCAAUAUUUGGAAACUCAAUCUGUCAAGAAUAACAAACAAAAGAUUGUUAAUAUUAAUUCUAUAUCAUCACAAAUAAUCGCUGGAUUUUUGACUAAAAUAGAAUUUGUCGUAGGUUAUACGAAUUGCACAGAUGAAAGUAAAACUAGAGAUAAUGCGUUUCAAAAGUGUGAAGUGCUCAAAGAUGAAGCCCUUCGUUUAUGCAAAGCCCAAAUUUGGGACAGGUCUUGGAUUAUGGAUGGAAGACAAGUUGAAGUGUCAUGUGAUGAUGUUUUGAAAAGUAAUGAAGUUCAAAGUGCAAGAAACAAAAGAUCUAUUGACUCCAUCGGAGGAUCGGUUCGACGAAGUGGAAGCAAAGAAAAUCAAAUUGAUUAUAAAAAAGUCGCAGAAGACGCUUUGCAGAAGUUUAUGUUAACAUCAGCCAACCGCCAACAUUAUGUAGUUUUAAAAGUUGAGAAAGUGAAGACUCAAGAUGAACCUGGAAAAUUAACCAGAUUAUUUUUUUCCAUCUCACCUACAAAUUGUUUUAUUCAACGCGAUGGGCUAUUGUCAUCGCCCAAAUGUGAUGUAACAAACCCUAAAAUUACAUUCCACUGCAGUUCCAAAGUGUUGCUAAACGUUUGGAUUGACAAAAAUCAGUAUUUUACAGAUUGUAACAUCCAAGACAAUGAAGAGAACAGGAAUUCUGAUGAAAUAAAGGAACGGAAUCUAAGCAAAAAAUAUUAUCAACUGGCCGAGGAGUCAUUGAAAAAAUAUAUGCAAAAUACUGAACAUACUCAAAAUCAUAAAGUGGUACGACUGGAAAAAGUAACUACGCAAAUUGUUUCUGGACUACUGACAAAUAUUGACUUCAUUAUAUCCCCGAUAACCCAAGAUGGCAUUAGUAACAAAACAAUAAAAUGUCACUCUAAAAUAUUGGAAAAGCAAUGGUUAGGCAAAAAAGAUUUUAACGUGUCUUGUCAGUUGAAAUAUCAAAAGGAAAAUCAAAAGAAAAAUUUGAAGAAUCCCAAAUAUAUGCAAAUGGCUGUAGAAGCCUUAGAGAAAUAUAUUCAAAACAAACCUGAAUCUGAUCUAUUACGUGUAACUUUUGUAGAUAAGGUAGAAGAAGGCGAAGGAAAAUCAUUUAAUAUAAGAUUUAUGGCGUCCCAUAACGAAGAUGACGAUGGCGAUACACUUUGUUAUGUUCAAUUCCCCGAAACACAAAUACCUAAAAAGAAUAUGAAUGUAGAAUGCCAUUCUAUUGGCACAGUACUUAAACAAAUUCAAAUUACAGAAGAUGAUCCUAAAUUCAUCAAGUAUGUACAAUGGGCAGAAGAAUCACUCAAUGAUUAUCUUCAAAACAUGAAUAGUUCUCAACUGUAUACAAUUGUUAGAAUAGAAAGUGUGAACGUGCUGUGGGAUGAUAGCGUUAAAACUCUUAUCAAUUUUAUAAUAUCACCAAUCGAUCUUGAGUAUAGUGCAUUACAAGGAAAAAUUUGUCAAGCCGAAAUAAAAGAACAGCCCUGGUUAAAUAAAAAAAGCAAAAACGUUAAAUGCGAACCAGAUGAAGAAUUGUAUAGGGCAAAAAGACAGGUGCCCGGAGGAGAAACAGAAAAAGAUCCCAAGGACCCCGCUUAUAUGGAGUUAGCAAAACAAUCCUUACGUAAAUAUUUAUUAGAGAACCCACGUAUCACGCAGGCCUCCGAAGUAGACCCUGUUGUUGAGAGAGUGACUACGCAAGUCGUCGCUGGCUCUAUGACUCGCAUUGACUUUCACUUCCAGGCAUCGGGUACAGAUUCGCAACAAGAUCAUGUUACUAUGAAGUGCCAUGCAGAAGUCUGGGAACGAAAAUGGCUAAAUUCUAAAGAAAUUACUGUUACAUGUUUCGAAGUCAAAGCGAAGGUACGCAGAGAUCUGUCCGGAGAAAUAACAGAACAGGAUCCCAAAAACCCUCAUUACAUGGAUUUAGCAGAACAAUCUCUGCGUAAAUAUUUAUUAGACAACCCACAAGGCACCCCGGCCCUCGAAGUUGCUCUGGUAGAAAAAGUUACUACGCAGGGCAAGUCCGGUUCCCUGACUCGUAUUGAUUUUCUCGUUUUGAGCAGAAAUGAUCCUAUUACAAUGUUCUGUAAUUCUGAGGUUUCGGAACAACCUUCGCUUAAUAAAGUGGAUAUUAAAGUGUCGUGUCCCAAAAUCUUCAAGACGUCACUAGCCGGUGGUCUAACGUUACAGGAUCCGUCGAAACCCGAGUAUAAAUUGCUGGCGGUGGAGUCCUUGCAAAAAUAUGUUCGGGAAAGCGAAUAUACUGAUGUUUACGAAGUGACAAGUGUCGACAAGGUGACUUCGCAAGUCGUAGCCGGCUCGCUGACCCGCAUCAAUUUUCAAGCAACCAGUAGCCAAACCGGUAAAGCAAUGAAGUGUCACUCAGCGAUUGUGGAGCAACCGUGGCUAAACGUCAAAAAUGUCAAUGUUUCUUGUUAUAAAGCCGACCAGAGGCAACGCAGAAGUUUGCCCGGAGGAGAAACAGAAAAAGAUCCCAAAGACCCUGCUUAUAUGGAGUUAGCAAAACAAUCCUUACGUAAAUAUUUAUUAGAGAACCCACGUAUCACGCAGGCCUCCGAAGUAGACCCUGUUGUUGAGAGAGUGACUACGCAAGUCGUCGCUGGCUCUAUGACUCGCAUUGACUUUCACUUCCAGGCAUCGGGUACAGAUUCGCAACAAGAUCAUGUUACUAUGAAGUGCCAUGCAGAAGUCUGGGAACGAAAAUGGCUAAAUUCUAAAGAAAUUACUGUUUCAUGUUCCGAAGUCAAAGCGAAGGUACGCAGAGAUCUGUCCGGAGAAAUAACAGAACAGGAUCCCAAAAACCCUCAUUACAUGGAUUUAGCAGAACAAUCUCUGCGUAAAUAUUUAUUAGACAACCCACAAGGCACCCCGGCCCUCGAAGUUGCUCUGGUAGAAAAAGUUACUACGCAGGGAAAAUCCGGUUCCCCAACUCGUAUUGAUUUUCUCGUUUUGAGCAGAAAUGAUCCUAUUACAAUGUUCUGUAAUUCUGAGGUUUCGGAACAACCUUCGCUUAAUAAAGUGGAUAUUAAAGUGUCGUGUCCCAAAAUCUUCAAGACGUCACUAGCCGGUGGUCUAACGUUACAGGAUCCGUCGAAACCCGAGUAUAAAUUGCUGGCGGUGGAGUCCUUGCAAAAAUAUGUUCGGGAAAGCGAAUAUACUGAUGUUUACGAAGUGACAAGUGUCGACAAGGUGACUUCGCAAGUCGUAGCCGGCUCGCUGACCCGCAUCAAUUUUCAAGCAACCAGUAGCCAAACCGGUAAAGCAAUGAAGUGUCACUCAGCGAUUGUGGAGCAACCGUGGCUAAACGUCAAAAUGUCAAUGUUUCUUGUUAUAAAGCCGACCAGAGGCAACGCAGAAGUUUGCCCGGAGGAGAAACAGAAAAAGAUCCCAAAGACCCUGCUUAUAUGGAGUUCAAAACAAUCCUUACGUAAAUAUUUAUUAGAGAACCCACGAAUCACGCAGGCCUCCGAAGUAGACCCUGUUGUUGAGAGAGUGACUACGCAAGUCGUCGCUGGCUCUAUGACUCGCAUUGACUUUCACUUCCAGGCAUCGGGUACAGAUUCGCAACAAGAUCAUGUUACUAUGAAGUGCCAUGCAGAAGUCUGGGAACGAAAAUGGCUAAAUUCUAAAGAAAUUACUGUUUCAUGUUCCGAAGUCAAAGCGAAGGUACGCAGAGAUCUGUCCGGAGAAAUAACAGAACAGGAUCCCAAAAACCCUCAUUACAUGGAUUUAGCAGAACAAUCUCUGCGUAAAUAUUUAUUAGACAACCCACAAGGCACCCCGGCCCUCGAAGUUGCUCUGGUAGAAAAAGUUACUACGCAGGGAAAAUCCGGUUCCCCAACUCGUAUUGAUUUUCUCGUUUUGAGCAGAAAUGAUCCUAUUACAAUGUUCUGUAAUUCUGAGGUUUCGGAACAACCUUCGCUUAAUAAAGUGGAUAUUAAAGUGUCGUGUCCCAAAAUCUUCAAGACGUCACUAGCCGGUGGUCAAACGUUACAGGAUCCGUCGAAACCCGAGUAUAAAUUGCUGGCGGUGGAGUCCUUGCAAAAAUAUGUUCGGGAAAGCGAAUAUACUGAUGUUUACGAAGUGACAAGUGUCGACAAGGUGACUUCGCAAGUCGUAGCCGGCUCGCUGACCCGCAUCAAUUUUCAAGCAACCAGUAGCCAAACCGGUAAAGCAAUGAAGUGUCACUCAGCGAUUGUGGAGCAACCGUGGCUAAACGUCAAAAAUGUCAAUGUUUCUUGUUAUAAAGCCGACCAGAGGCAACGCAGAAGUUUGCCCGGAGGAGAAACAGAAAAAGAUCCCAAAGACCCUGCUUAUAUGGAGUUAGCAAAACAAUCCUUACGUAAAUAUUUAUUAGAGAACCCACGAAUCACGCAGGCCUCCGAAGUAGACCCUGUUGUUGAGAGAGUGACUACGCAAGUCGUCGCUGGCUCUAUGACUCGCAUUGACUUUCACUUCCAGGCAUCGGGUACAGAUUCGCAACAAGAUCAUGUUACUAUGAAGUGCCAUGCAGAAGUCUGGGAACGAAAAUGGCUAAAUUCUAAAGAAAUUACUGUUUCAUGUUCCGAAGUCAAAGCGAAGGUACGCAGAGAUCUGUCCGGAGAAAUAACAGAACAGGAUCCCAAAAACCCUCAUUACAUGGAUUUAGCAGAACAAUCUCUGCGUAAAUAUUUAUUAGACAACCCACAAGGCACCCCGGCCCUCGAAGUUGCUCUGGUAGAAAAAGUUACUACGCAGGGCAAGUCCGGUUCCCUGACUCGUAUUGAUUUUCUCGUUUUGAGUAGAAAUGAUCCUAUUACAAUGUUCUGUAAUUCUGAGGUUUCGGAACAACCUUCGCUUAAUAAAGUGGAUAUUAAAGUGUCGUGUCCCAAAAUCUUCAAGACGUCACUAGCCGGUGGUCUAACGUUACAGGAUCCGUCGAAACCCGAGUAUAAAUUGCUGGCGGUGGAGUCCUUGCAAAAAUAUGUUCGGGAAAGCGAAUAUACUGAUGUUUACGAAGUGACAAGUGUCGACAAGGUGACUUCGCAAGUCGUAGCCGGCUCGCUGACCCGCAUCAAUUUUCAAGCAACCAGUAGCCAAACCGGUAAAGCAAUGAAGUGUCACUCAGCGAUUGUGGAGCAACCGUGGCUAAACGUCAAAAAUGUCAAUGUUUCUUGUUAUAAAGCCGACCAGAGGCAACGCAGAAGUUUGCCCGGAGGAGAAACAGAAAAAGAUCCCAAAGACCCUGCUUAUAUGGAGUUAGCAAAACAAUCCUUACGUAAAUAUUUAUUAAGAACCCACGUAUCACGCAGGCCUCCGAAGUAGACCCUGUUGUUGAGAGUGACUACGCAAGUCGUCGCUGGCUCUAUGACUCGCAUUGACUUUCACUUCCAGGCAUCGGGUACAGAUUCGCAACAAGAUCAUGUUACUAUGAAGUGCCAUGCAGAAGUCUGGGAACGAAAAUGGCUAAAUUCUAAAGAAAUUACUGUUUCAUGUUCCGAAGUCAAAGCGAAGGUACGCAGAGAUCUGUCCGGAGAAAUAACAGAACAGGAUCCCAAAAACCCUCAUUACAUGGAUUUAGCAGAACAAUCUCUGCGUAAAUAUUUAUUAGACAACCCACAAGGCACCCCGGCCCUCGAAGUUGCUCUGGUAGAAAAAGUUACUACGCAGGGCAAGUCCGGUUCCCUGACUCGUAUUGAUUUUCUCGUUUUGAGUAGAAAUGAUCCUAUUACAAUGUUCUGUAAUUCUGAGGUUUCGGAACAACCUUCGCUUAAUAAAGUGGAUAUUAAAGUGUCGUGUCCCAAAAUCUUCAAGACGUCACUAGCCGGUGGUCUAACGUUACAGGAUCCGUCGAAACCCGAGUAUAAAUUGCUGGCGGUGGAGUCCUUGCAAAAAUAUGUUCGGGAAAGCGAAUAUACUGAUGUUUACGAAGUGACAAGUGUCGACAAGGUGACUUCGCAAGUCGUAGCCGGCUCGCUGACCCGCAUCAAUUUUCAAGCAACCAGUAGCCAAACCGGUAAAGCAAUGAAGUGUCACUCAGCGAUUGUGGAGCAACCGUGGCUAAACGUCAAAAAUGUCAAUGUUUCUUGUUAUAAAGCCGACCAGAGGCAACGCAGAAGUUUGCCCGGAGGAGAAACAGAAAAAGAUCCCAAAGACCCUGCUUAUAUGGAGUUAGCAAAACAAUCCUUACGUAAAUAUUUAUUAGAGAACCCACGUAUCACGCAGGCCUCCGAAGUAGACCCUGUUGUUGAGAGAGUGACUACGCAAGUCGUCGCUGGCUCUAUGACUCGCAUUGACUUUCACUUCCAGGCAUCGGGUACAGAUUCGCAACAAGAUCAUGUUACUAUGAAGUGCCAUGCAGAAGUUUGGGAACGACCCUGGCUUGAGCCAAAAGCAGAAUUUAGCGUGUCUUGUGCCAAUGCUGAUAAAAGAGUUAAAAGACAUUUGAAAGUUCCGAGUCAUUCAAUGAAACACAAUUCCGUUGCUCUUAAUUAUGAAGUACUAGAUGAUGAAAAAAAUGGUAAUCAGAAAGAAAGAGACCACGUUAGUUCUUUACGAGGGCAUACAGAAGAAGUGAAAGAUCCAAGUCAACCUGAAUAUAAAAUCCUUGCUGAAGAAGCUUUGCGUAAAUAUGAACUAAAAAGUACCGUCUAUCAUAAAGUUGUUGAAGUAAAACGCGUUGUUACUCGUGUGGUUUCUGGUUUAAAAUAUUACAUAAAUUUCAAUGCUGCACCUACCACAUGCUUAUUAAAUGUCACCAGCGCGCGUGCGCGCAGCUGUAAACCUGUUGCUGAUGUAAUUCUGUACUGUCACACUGAAAUUUGGGAUAGGCCAUGGCUAAAACGUAAGAAGAUUGACGUAAAUUGUUAUGCUGAUGAUUCUGAGGACUCUGACAUUGAUUUAUCAUCAAAACCGGCCAAUGCUAAUAAUAACAGUAGUGAAAUAUACCUUAAAUUGGCGGAAGAGGCUUCAGAAAAAUACCUGACGACUUCAAACAGGAAAUACGUUCACAAAGUUACAGAAAUUCUCAGCGGCAGUGAACAAGUCAACAACGGAUCAUUAAUAAGUAUUGUUUUCUCACUUUCACCUACAACAUGUUUAAGAAAUGAUACUACAAAAAAAUCGUGUAACUUAAAGCAACCAUUAGUUGUCUUUCACUGCAGUGCAGAAAUACGGAAUAGCUCUUCGUUAGAACAUGAAAAAGAAAUCGAAGUAACUUGUAAAAAACGUAGUGAAGAGAAAAACAAAAAGGAGAAGCGCGAUAUUGGCACUAGACAUACAAGACAAACUGGUGAUGAUGAUGAUGAAAUAGAUGAAGAAACUACAUUCUACUACGCCGAUCGCGCUAUUCAGCAUAUGAAUGAUAAUUCGAAUUCAAAUAAUUUACACAAAUUGAUAUCUAUACACGGUGUCCAAAGUGGUAUACAAAUGGGUACAGUAACCGUACAAAUGUAUCUUGAAGUCGCUGAAACUUUUUGUUUACGGCAUAAUAGGAGGACAGAUCUCAAGAACUGUGAAGAAAUGAACGGUUUAAAUCACAGAUUGUGUCUGGCUAGACUGUGGCCGUCUCCUGACGAUGAGCUGGUGGUAAGACACGUUACCGUAGUUUGUGACGACGAUGAAAACUUCGAAUCAAUUACCGGUGUGAACAUACCCGAACUCCUGAAGAUGUCCAUUGCAGCCCUUGAGAGGCCUCCUGAAGCUAAAUAUAAAUUGGUUCAUCAGGGCGAGCCACAAGUCAUACCUUCGCUUGAUUCAAAAUUUCCGUUUAAACUUAAUUUCGUUGUUGCCACUACGAACUGUUCCAAAGACGUUAAUCUGGACACAAAUCCCUUCCAGUGUUACAUUAACACAGAGAUACCAGCGAAGUCCUGUCAUUCCUUUAUUUGGCUUGAGACAGCAACUAAAUACAUACGUUACAUCAGCGCUAAAUGUACGCCACUAAACCGUGUCAGGAGGUCUUCUCUGGAUUUGGCUAAUAUGACUAUAGACAAUUCAGACAUCCAAAGGAUGGUACAAGCAUCUCUGGAAAAGUUAGAAAUGACAUCUUUACAUCGGUACAAGCAAAGAGUUCUACAGAUUAACAGUUACUCCACUAAGAUCACUUCUGGGAAAGUUACUACUAUUGAUUUUGAUGUUGGAUACACUUCUUGUUUGAAAUAUGAAUGGGUUGCAAACAUAACUAGUUGUGAUUUCCUUGAGCAUUUACCGCGUAGGCGUUGUGUUGCUCAAAUAUGGGAGAGGCUUUGGAUCAAUAACGGACAGAAUAUUGAUGUCAGUUGUGUAGACGACGAGACACCCCUGGAAGCUCAUAUCGAAUUCGAGAGUGCCGAAAUGGCUAAUGAGUUAGCAAGAGAGGCUUUAAAACAUAUUGAGGCAAAGUAUCCUCAUCCGAACAAACAGAAGGUAGUAAGGAUAUUUUCAUUAGAGAAGCAGGUAGUGGCAGGCAUUCACUACAAAAUGAAAAUUGAAGUCGGUUUCACGGAUUGUGUGGCAUUGAGUGACCAGACCGACUGCAAGUUGCUCAAGGAUCAGAUAAUGAAUAGGUUCUGCCGUGUCAACGUGUGGGUUCGACCGUGGACUGAUCAUCCUCCCAAUUUCCGAGUAUCGUGCGAUUUCCAAGAAGCCACUACUUAUGACUUAUACCACCACGUGCAAGCCGAACAUUUGUUUUAUAACUUUUUGACAACAUACAACCCUAGUUAUGUAAACGACUACUCUCAAAUGCAAAAACGGUUUGAGAUAUUUAAGCAGAAUAUAAAAAAAAUACACGAAUUAAACGUUCAUGAGAAGGGCACUGCUACGUAUGGGGUGACGAGGUUCGCGGAUUUAUCUUAUGAGGAGUUCAGGAGUACAUACAUGGGAUUGAAGACGAAUUUGACAAAUGAGAACCAGGUUCCAAUGAAGAUGGCUGAUAUUCCGGACAUUAAGGUGCCCGUGAACUUCGACUGGCGUGAAUACGACGCAGUGACCGACGUGAAGGACCAGGGCUCCUGCGGCAGCUGCUGGGCGUUCAGUGUUACAGGAAAUAUCGAGGGUCAGUGGAAGAUGCAGUCAGGGAAACUGGUCUCGCUGUCGGAACAGGAGCUGGUGGAUUGUGACAAAAUGGACGACGGCUGCAAUGGUGGAUUGCCAGAUAAUGCUUACAGGGCCAUAGAACAGAUGGGUGGCUUAGAACUGGAGAGCGACUACCCGUACGAGGGUGUGGACGAGAAGUGCGCGUUCAACAAGACCUUGGCCAAGGUCCAGAUCAGCGGCGCCGUCAAUAUUACGAAGAACGAGACUGGCAUGGCCCAGUGGCUGGUGCAUAAUGGACCUAUUUCUAUUGGUAUAAACGCCAACGCGAUGCAGUUCUACAUGGGAGGCAUCUCCCACCCCUGGAAGAUGCUGUGCAACCCCACCAACUUGGACCAUGGUGUUCUCAUUGUAGGAUAUGGCAUCAAAGAUUACCCGCUCUUCCACAAGAAACUACCUUACUGGAUAGUGAAGAACUCCUGGGGCAAGUCCUGGGGAGAACAAGGGUACUACAGAGUCUACCGAGGAGAUGGUACCUGUGGCGUCAACCAGAUGGCAAGCAGCGCUGUCAUAUAGACCAUGGUAUGCACACGGAAAAUUGAACCUUAUUGCUAUGUGCCGAGCGACGAUUUUCCAACGGUAUGAAAUUAUGUACUUAUGAAAAAAAAGUUGAAUUGAAUGUCAGAUGUUUUUAAGUGGUAUUCGAUUUUGACCAUUAAGUCGAUGGUAUAAAGUCUUCCUACUAUAAAAAUCUCGCUCGGUAUCUAUUGAAGGUAUACUUCGGACGCAGGCGACAGUCGCGAGCCACGCUCGACUAUCGCAUGUCUCAGAAAUGGUUUCAUUGUUUGAUAAAUUAUUGAAGCAUUUAUUUCGCGCGGUCUGCUGCCUGGGUCCGAAGAGUACCUUUAAAAUAGCAUAGAUCACUAAAGUAUUGUAGUUUUGCUAGAAAAACAAUUUGCAGGCGUAAUUAAACAUCUGUUUUUGACGUUUAUCACUCCAUCUAUAAAACUUAGAAACAAUAAGAUAGGUUGUAUUCGUCAAUGGGCGAUAAUAUCUUAAAAAAAAAUAACUUGGUGAACAUUAUUUAUUGUUAGCCUCAUCAUCAAAAAAAUUUGAGUUUUAAUAUGUCUAAAUAUAUUUGCUAGUCUGAGUUGUAUUUCUGUGCCAAGUUUCAAUAAAAUCUAUUCAAGAUCUGACAGUCGUUCUGAAAUUGGGUUGUGAAUAUUAUGGGGUCUACACACCAAAGCCGCUGACCCAAAGCUACACACCAAAGCCCGGCGGCUUAGUGCCGGCGGGUUAACCCGGCGGCUUCAGAAUGUCCAAGCCGAACGACUUUGCCGGCGGCAAUGCCGGCGGCACGAUUGCUGCGGCAUGUGGUGUUCUAGUAAUUGUCAAAUACUCUAUGAAAGCCGGCGGGCAACUGACUGAGUGAGUGGAGAGGGAUGCCGUCGGCAUCGGCAUGCUGCCCCGCCGGCUUGCCCGCGCGGGCGCAAGCCGGCGGCAUGAUUGUACAAAAUGGGCGGUGCCGCCGGCGUCAGCGGCUUUGGUGUGUAGACACCUUUAGAAAAAAUAUAUUGAAAAAUAAGCCUUACAGACUUACUAGAGACUUUUUUUUAUUUUAACGCCAUGUUUGUUAUUAAUGUCUCUAAACUGUAAUAAAUAAAGUUUAUUUCCAUCCAUUUAUUUAUUCAUAACUCAGUCAGAGGUAUUGUAAAUACAUAUUCUUAUCUCACAAGUAAUUAAUUUGCAUAUUAAGGUAUUUAUUUUUCCUUAUGCUUACAUAAUACCUAUUUUCCUUGAUUAUAAGCCACUGUUUGAAUCGAAUAAACCGUGAAAUCUUGUAAAAUUGAUUAAACGUUAUUUUCGUGGAAAACACGUUAAAUAUUUUUCUGAAAUGUCACACUUACGUCCGCAUCUAAUCAUUUAGUUUCAAUUAUAUAAGUUUUAAUAAGAAAAUUAUCUAAAAGACGGAAUAAUUAGUUUUUCCUAUUCACCAUGCCUAUUAAUUACUUUAUCAUUAAUUUUAUGACAAUAUUAAUUGUAAGUAGGUAUUGAGUACUCACAUAUCUGGAACAAUUUAUUGGUCUAAAUAUGUUGGUCUUGAUAUUUUUCUUAUGAAAAUAUGAUAAUACUGGAGGCCUUUAAUUUUCUUGUGAUAUAUUAAAAAAAUGACAAUAUGAAUUCCAAUCGCUUAAUACAUAAAAGCAAUAUUUAUAUAAUAUAUAACACAGGUAUAGGAAUUGUCAUCUCAAUGUGGGUACAACUAUUUUGCAGUUCAUUAAAAAUACCAAGGAAAACCGACCACGAGAAUUCACCUUGAAUUGGUUACAUAAUAUAUCAAAUUAAUGUUUAUUAUAUUAGGUAUUAUUAUCUUCCUUAUGUAAAAUAGACAAGUAAAUAUGAACCUAGAAAUAAUGUAUACAUAAUUAUAGGAUAUAAAUUAUAUGAUGUAUUUGCACACACAUUCUAUUCAAUUUUUAUUUAUGGCAAUCCGCGUCGAUGUCAAUGUCGACGAUUCUGCCAAUGACAAGAGAAGUGAGAAGCACGUUAUCACCAGUUAUCUAUUUGACGUUUUAGUACGAUGAGAAGAAUAAUCCCUUUUGACAGUCCGAUAGUUAAAGUUAUAUUUGUUGCUAUAUCAUUUUUGAAUCUCUUGUUAUGAAUCUCCUUGGCUUAUUCUGUCUUUUUCAUUUUAAUUUUAAUUUUUGAUGUAUUGAUAUUUUUCUAUUAUUUUUAGCUAUUAACUAACAAACUACAUAAUAAUAUGGACUUUGUUGCAUUGUUACUAAUCAAGAGACUACUUAGAAGAGAUUAAGAAAUAACAAUAUAUACUCAAUGGCUCACUAAUAAAAUAGGAACUUUAGAUUUCACACUUAUAAUAAUUACUCAUUCUGUUGUGGCAAGCAUUAAUAACCACUCAAUAUAAUAAUGUACCAUGUACUCAUAUGCAUAUAUUUCCUACUUCUCUCUCUUCGUCAAUCAUUUGUAGUUGACAGUGAUAAGACUUACUUAACUAUAAUUAUUAACAACAAUAUCUACUUAAUAUGUAAAUUAAUAAAGUGCCUUGAAAAUAUCUAACCCCAGUAAAAUGCAAAGAUAAGAAGAAAGUGCACGACUGCCCAUCUGCAAGUGUCAGUGUCAUAAGGUUAGAGGCUAAGGGAAUUCCAAGCAAUCGCUAUGUCGCUAUGUCUAACGGCUGGUCCUAAUUAUCUAUCCGUGGACUUACUUACUGAAAAUCUAAAUUUGACAUUAAUUGUGUGUAAUGUAAAAAUUCUAACUCUAUUAAGCUAACCAACUAAUAGUUAGAAUAUUGGAACUGCCUUAAAAGGAACAGCCAAUCAACGAGCCUUAACUAUACAAAAACUGUCAGUGGUAUGGAAUUUUCUCUCUCUUUAGCCUUAUAGUACUCUAUUCUUAUGCCUCUAUCUAUGGUAAAAGGUUUACAUACAUAGUUUUGAUAAAUGUACAUUAAUUGCAUUUCAUGGCAACGCAAGGAAUUCUUUUUGUAUCGGCUUUUACACAUUACUACAUUUUAUAAUAAAAUAAUUCUUGUAAAUUGUUAUAGUUUUAUCAUUGUUGUUAGUCAUUUUGUUCUCAUUUAAUAAUUUGUUCGCAAAUGCCAAUGUUUGUUGAUGAUUUUAUUCUAAAAAUGCAUAAAACGCCACCUAGGUAUUAAGUGAAAUAUUUUGAUAAAUUCACAUUUGCAAACGAAUUUGAUACUUGUGUUUAUUGCAAUAAAGAUAUUUUAUGAA